AGCCCCGGGCUCGCCAUGCUCCUGGCCUCGGCCGUGGUGGUCUGGGAAUGGCUGAACGAGCACGGCCGCUGGCGUCCCUACAGUCCGGCCGUGAGCCACCACAUCGAGGCGGUGGUCCGCGCCGGCCCCCGCGCGGGGGGCAGCGUGGUGCUGGGCCAGGUGGACAGCCGUCUCGCGCCCUACAUCAUCGACCUGCAGUCCAUGAACCAGUUCCGCCAAGACACGGGGACCCUGCGCCCAGUUCGCCGCAACUACUACGACCCGUCCUCGGCCCCCGGGAAGGGCGUUGUGUGGGAGUGGGAGAACGACAAUGGCUCUUGGACGCCCUACGACAUGGAGGUGGGCAUCACCAUCCAGCACGCCUAUGAGAAGCAGCACCCCUGGAUCGACCUCACCUCCAUCGGCUUCAGCUACGUCAUUGACUUCAGCACCAUGGGCCAGAUCAACCGGCAGACCCAGCGCCAGCGCCGCGUCCGCCGGCGCCUCGACCUCAUCUACCCCAUGGUCACGGGCACCUUGCCUAAGGCUCAGUCCUGGCCAGUCAGCCCCGGGUCGGCCACCUCGCCCCCUGCGCCACCCUGCUCCUGUCCACAGUGCGUCUUGGUGAUGAGUGUUAAGGCGGCUGUGGUCAAUGGCAGCUCUGGGCCCCUGCAGCCCCCAGCGACACGCAAGAGCGUGCCCCCCUCCGGAGUGGUCAAGCUGCCUCCCCCACCAGGCCCCGGGGCCAAGCCCCUGGACAGCACAGGCACCAUUCGAGGCCCAGUGAGGGCAGCCCCAUCACAGGUGAUCCGGCGACAGACCUCCAGCAUGCCGGCUGGGGCAACUGCGGGCUCUCCUGCCAGCCCCCCAGGAGCUAACGGCAAGACGGGAAGGGUCGCCCUGGCCACCCUGAAUCGUACCAACCUGCAGCGACUGGCCAUCGCCCAGUCCCGGGUGCUGAUCGCCUCUGGGGUCCCCACUGUCCCAGUGAAGAACCUAAACGGGUCCAGUCCUGUCAACCCUGCCUUAGCAGGAAUCACCGGGAUCCUCAUGAGUGCAGCGGGGCUGCCUGUGUGUCUCACCAGGCCACCAAAGCUGGUCCUACACCCACCCCCCGUCAGCAAGAGCGAAAUAAAAUCCAUCCCAGGGGUUUCCAACACAAGCCGCAAGACCACCAAAAAACAAGCCAAGAAAGGUAAAACCCCAGAGGAAGUGCUGAAGAAGUAUCUGCAGAAAGUCCGGCACCCACCAGAUGAGGACUGCACCAUCUGUAUGGAGCGCCUCACGGCCCCGUCGGGCUACAAGGGCCCACAGCCGACCGUGAAGCCCGACCUGGUGGGAAAGCUGUCCAGAUGCGGCCACAUCUACCACAUCUACUGCCUGGUGGCCAUGUACAACAAUGGGAACAAGGAUGGAAGUUUGCAGUGUCCCACCUGUAAGACCAUUUAUGGGGUGAAGACAGGCACCCAGCCCCCAGGGAAGAUGGAGUACCAUCUCAUCCCCCAUUCUUUGCCUGGCCACCCAGACUGCAAAACCAUCCGGAUCAUCUACAGCAUCCCCCCUGGCAUUCAGGGGCCAGAACACCCGAAUCCUGGGAAGAGUUUCAGCGCCCGUGGCUUCCCACGACACUGCUACCUUCCGGACAGCGAGAAAGGGAGAAAAGUUCUGAAGCUGUUGCUAGUGGCCUGGGAUCGCCGCCUCAUCUUUGCCAUCGGUACCUCCAGCACCACGGGCGAGUCAGACACCGUCAUCUGGAAUGAGGUCCACCACAAGACGGAGUUUGGCUCUAAUCUCACUGGCCACGGCUACCCGGACGCCAAUUACCUGGAUAAUGUGCUGGCCGAACUGGCUGCCCAGGGCAUCUCUGAGGACAGCACUGCCCAGGAGAAGGACUGAGGCUGGAGGGGCUUUGAGGUGGGGGGGACAUGGGGACUGCAGGACAGGAAGUGGGGAGUCAAGGUAGAAGUCAGUGCCAUGCGUGCCUGGCUCC